GCUCUGGUUGACAACCAGCUUGACAUCUUCGCAAGAGAAAGUGACCAUAUCAGCAAUACGCAAGUUAAGACCUGCGGGCAGCAGAUGAAAAUGAAAACGUCUCUUUCACAAGAUUCAAUACUAUUGAUAUUGAUCUUGAAUGUUUUCAAAGUUGUAUCCAAUCAACCGUUACACCUAAGUCCAUACUUGGAGCAGGGUAACAUAGAAACAGCCAAGAGAGAUAGUCUUGUAAACGAUCCUACUAGAGUGAUACCGACCAGCUAUUCGGGAUUGUUUACAGUGGAUGAGGUUCUUAAAAACCAUUUGUGGUUCUGGUUUAUCCCAGCCAUCAACUCUGACCCCAAAGCUCCACUUGUGAUCUGGCUAACUAGUGGCCCUGGAUGCUCUACUAUGUUAAACAUGUUUUACGGUAAUGGACCUUUGAAAUUGACCAAAAAUUCAAACGGAAAUGAUUCCUACGAGAGGCGGGUCAAUUCUUGGGCUCAGACAUUUUCCAUGCUGUACAUCGACAAUAUAGUGUAUACUGGCUACAGUUACAGUGACAGCGGCAAUAAAGGUAUAAAAACUACAAAGGACUACUACACUCAAGAUCUGUACAGCUUUGUUCAACAGUUUUACAAAAUGUUUUCAGAGAUGAAAGAAAAAGACCUUUACGUUGGAGGUGUUGGUUCUGCUUUUAAAUAUGCUGUAAGUUUAGCCUACAAGAUUCACGAAGACCUGCAAGCGAAACGAGACAAUAUCUUACUCAAGGGAAUUUACGCCGGAAGUCCACUGCUAGACGGUAGAACUCAACUGAGACAUAUCUAUGAACCCUUCUACUCAUUGGGCUUUAUCUCAUAUAAACAAAUGAUAAAUUAUACACAAGAAGAUGAAAUGUUAAAUAAUCUGAACGAGAAAAAACAUUAUUUAAACCUCGAAUCCGUUAUCUAUAAAAUGUCGAAUCUGAGUCUGGAGAACAUUAAUACAUUCACUUUGUCGCCUGAUACCGAGAUAAAUAAUGUCAUGUCAACUGACGCUAUAAAAUCUCUUCUACAUGUAGGAAAUAAUACUUUUGAACUUUGCAAUCUAGAAAUUUACACUCAGUCGGCGGAUGACGUUUACCAACCCUUCCAAACAACGGAGCUGGUGACGCUGUUAGAAAACUAUAAAGUUUUAUUAUUCACCGCUGUCUUUGACGGAAUCAUCUCCUCCCCUGGUCUUGAAGCAGUUCUGAUGGACAUGCCCUGGUCAAUGCAGUCUGCCUACAAUGAUUCUGUACGGAAAGUUUGGCGAGAAGAUAAUGUUGUCAAAGGUUUCUACACAUAUGUGGGAAACUUGUGCAGAGUUGUGAUCCAUAAUGCUGGAAUGCAUAUCACGAACGACCAACUCAACGUCACUGUUCAGAUGAUGGAAGACUUUUGGCACUACGGCUGCAUAUCAAAUACGCCUCAAUAAAAAUGCGUUUGUGAUAUUUCUUGCUCUCUUUUUUUGUAUUUGCUCAGAUUUUAUUUCGUUCUUUUAAAUAUUGUGAGUUUCUUCGUCAACCAAAGCGAUUUCACAUUCACAGAGUGUUGUAAUAGUAAACUAGUAUACACUAAGAGAAACUCGCUAUUUCAUGUCUAUUGAAAGGUUAGAUUUAUUAACCUAAUGAUUGUUUACUAGGGCGUACAGGUCUUUCAAUAUUCCCGUUCUCUAUUUUCAAUUAACUUUGCAGCUUUUUUACAAGCCUUACACCAACUCACUGUCUGUUUGGAUGUCGUUCUGUCUGUCUCUUCAGAGUAAAGAAUUUUAACAUGCUUUUUCUCACAUUUCCCAUUUAUGAAUUAAGUUAAAACUUUACACAAUUAUUCAUUCAACAUGACAAGACAUGAAUCAAUAGAAAAAAUAAUGCUAGUGAUUUAUUAUUAUGUUUGAUUUCGAAUUAAGGGGAAUAAAUGCUAUUUACUAUGUAUAUCAUAUAUAUAUAUAUAUGUGUGUGGAUUUAGUCCCCUUAUUACGUUUGGACACCUUUUUUCUUCCACUUCCCAUUCUUGGAUCAAGUUGAAAUUUUGCAUAAUUAAUUAAUUUUAUGCUAGUGGAAAGGGAGAUAAACCUAAUAAUAGAUAAAUGGCAGAACCUAUGUCGUCCUUCGGAUACAUUUUGUUUAAGCUCCUACAUUCGAAAUAUCAACGUUAUGGAUUAUUGGUUUUAGAAGUACAUUACACUAACAAGCCAAACAAAACAAAAAUGUAAUCAUCAUGUCUCUAGUUUCAUACUCUUCUUUCUUAGCCAGUACGUUGCUAUUUAAUGUUUUAUCUUAGUGAUUACUUUAAGCUUUUAUCAUAGUUCUUGAUUUAUUGAUUACCCUUUUAUCUUAGCUUCUGUGUUGUUAUAUUUUAUUUAAUAUUUUGGGAGAUGCUUUUAUUGGGGAUUUUUACAAUACAUUUAUUUUACAGUU